GAUGGGUUCACUCCUCUGGCAGUGGCGUUGCAGCAAGGCCACGAGCAGGUGGUUUCCCUGCUGCUGGAGAACGACACUAAAGGGAAAGUUCGCCUCCCCGCGCUACACAUCGCUGCAAGGAAGGACGACACCAAGGCCGCCGCGCUACUCCUCCAGAACGACCACAACGCUGACGUCGAGUCCAAGAUGAUGGUGAAUAGAGCAACAGAGAGCGGUUUCACUCCUCUCCAUAUUGCGGCUCACUACGGCAAUAUCAACGUAGCAACACUCCUGAUGAACAGAGGGGCAGCUGUGGACUUCAAGGCAAGGAAUGACAUAACACCACUGCACGUAGCAUCCAAACGUGGGAACGGCAACAUGGUGCGACUGCUGCUGGAGAGAGGGUCCAAGAUAGAUGCACGAACCAAGGACGGUCUGACUCCUCUCCACUGUGGAGCCAGGAGUGGCCAUGAGCAGGUGGUGGAGAUGCUGCUGGACAGAGGAGCUCCAAUACUAUCCAAGACAAAGAACGGUUUGUCUCCGCUCCACAUGGCAACCCAGGGCGACCACCUGAACUGCGUCCAGCUGCUGCUGCACCACGAGGUGCCUGUGGAUGACGUGACCAACGACUAUCUGACAGCGCUGCACGUGGCGGCACACUGCGGACACUACAAGGUGGCAAAGGUGAUCGUGGACAAGAAGGCCAACCCCAACGCCAAGGCUCUGAAUGGUUUCACCCCCCUGCACAUUGCCUGUAAGAAAAACAGAGUCAAGGUGAUGGAGCUACUUCUGAAGCAUGGAGCGUCGAUACAGGCAGUCACUGAGUCCGGUUUGACUCCAAUCCAUGUUGCAGCGUUUAUGGGACACGACAACAUCGUGCACCAGCUGAUCAACCACGGGGCUUCACCAAACACAAGCAAUGUGAGGGGGGAGACAGCGCUCCACAUGGCAGCGAGGGCCGGACAGUCUAAUGUGGUCAAAUAUCUGAUCCAGAAUGGAGCACGGGUCGAUGCCAAGGCCAAGGACGACCAGACACCGCUGCACAUCUCAAGCCGUCUUGGUAAGCCAGACAUCGUCCACCAGCUGCUGACAAACGGAGCUUUCCCAGAUGCCAUCACCAGCUCUGGAUACACUCCGUUACACCUGGCUGCCAGGGAGGGACACAGAGACAUCGCUACAGCGCUGCUGGACCAAGGAGCCAGUCUGGGAAUCAUUACCAAGAAGGGCUUCACUCCGUUGCAUGUGGCUGCAAAGUACGGCAAGAUCGAAGUCGCCAACCUGCUGCUGCAGAAAAACGCUCCGGCUGAUGCUGCUGGGAAGAGUGGACUAACUCCACUGCAUGUGGCAGCACACUAUGAUAACCAGAAGGUGGCGCUGCUCUUGCUCAACCAGGGAGCUUCACCACACGCCGCUGCAAAGAAUGGUUACACACCACUCCACAUUGCCGCUAAGAAGAAUCAGAUGGAGAUUACCACCACCUUGCUGGAGUACGGUGCCUCCACCAACACAGUGACCCGCCAGGGCAUCACUCCUCUGCACCUCGCUUCACAGGAAGGCAACGUGGACAUAGUGACGCUGCUGCUGGCCCGAGACGCUCCGAUCAACAUGGGCAAUAAGUCCGGUCUGACCCCACUCCACCUGGCUGCCCAGGAGGAUAAAGUCAACGUCGCUGAGGUGUUAGUCAACCAGGGAGCUACUCUAGACCCUGAGACUAAGCUGGGAUACACUCCGCUCCAUGUGGCCUGUCACUAUGGCAACGUGAAGAUGGUCAACUUCCUGCUGAAAAAUCAGGCGAAGGUCAACGCUAAGACCAAGAACGGUUACACACCUCUCCAUCAGGCUUCACAGCAGGGACACACACACAUCAUCAACCUGCUGCUUCAUCACGGAGCAUCGCCCAACGAACUCACAGCUAAUGGGAACAGCGCUCUGUCCAUUGCAAGGAGGCUCGGCUACAUCUCUGUCGUUGACACGCUCAAAGUAGUCACAGAGGAAACUCUCACCACGCAGACUGUUACAGAGAAGCACAAGAUGAACGUUCCAGAGACCAUGAACGAGGUGCUGGACAUGUCCGAUGACGAUGUCUGUAAAGCCAAUGUCCCCGAAAUGAUCACAGAGGACUAUAUAUCUGAUGUGGAAGAAGGUGAUGAUGCAAUGACGGGGGACACAGACAAAUAUCUUGCCCCCCAGGACCUGCGGGAGCUGGGGGACGACUCGCUCCCACAGGAGGGCUACAUGGGCUUCAGCGUUGGAGCGCGUUCGCAGAGCCCCAAAGUCAGUUCUGAUAGGUCCAACACGUUGAAUCGGAGCUCCUUCACACGGGACAGCAUGAUGAUAGAGGAGAUGCUGGCACCUGGCAAGGACAUGAUGCUCUGUAAGGAGAGGUCUUUCAUUGUAGAGAAGCGCAACAAGCAUCUGGCGGUGGCUAAGGACUGCGAUAACGACUCUCUGAGGAGAUACAGUUGGACCCCAGACGCCCAUGAUAAUGUCAACAUAGUGUCCUCGCCAAUACACUCGGGUUUUUCCUCUCCGCUCCCGCAGUACGACAGCAGGUUCCUGGUCAGCUUCAUGGUGGACGCCAGAGGUGGCUCCAUGAGAGGGAGUCGUCACAACGGCAUGCGCAUCAUCAUCCCGCCCAGGAAGUGCACGGCGCCCACCAGAAUCACCUGUCGCCUGGUCAAGAGACACAAACUGGCCACGCCCCCACCGAUGGUGGAAGGAGAAGGCCUGGCCAGCCGAUUGGUUGAAGUCGGUCCUGCAGGAGCUCAGUUCCUCGGGCCUGUGAUUGUGGAGAUCCCUCAUUUUGGCUCGAUGCGAGGCCAGGAGAGAGAGCUGAUCCUGCUGCGCAGCGAGAACGGGGAGAGCUGGAAGGAGCACGUGUACGACUACAAGACUGACGACCUCAGGCAGCUCCUCAGUGGGAUGGAUGAAGGUGAAGCACAAGUUCAGAUUUCUUCUUUUUUGUGUCUAAACUUUGUCUUAUAAUGCCAAUCAGCCAAGUAUUUUUUAUGUCAAGGUGAUUUGGUAAUAACAUUUCCUAAACCAUUCUUUCAAGAGUCUUU